UAAAGCUAGCUAAGAUGGUGGUUAGAGCGUAAUUUGUCUCAACAAUACCAAGAAAAGAAAGGGGCCAAACAUCUUUAUAGCCUUUUAAUUACAACAGAACAGCACGAUUACUGUUAUCUUAAGUUACCAUUUGUAGAAAUUUAGACAUUUCAGGUACAUCGGCUUUCAGUCCCCGCCCAAUUUGGUGUGACUCCUUUGGAGUGGAAUCCUAAGCUAAAUACGGACAGGCCUUGUGCUCUGUGAUCAGCUUCAGUACUCGCCCUCACUGUUUAAUAGGAUGUCCCACAGCCCUGAAAUGAAGGACGACCCUAUGGAAUGCCCUCUGUGCAUGGAGCCACUAGAGAUUGAUGACGUCAAUUUCUUCCCUUGCACCUGUGGCUACCAGAUCUGCCGCUUCUGUUGGCACCGCAUCCGCACAGAUGAGAAUGGCCUUUGCCCUGCCUGCAGAAAGCCAUACCCAGAAGACCCUGCUGUGUACAAGCCUCUGUCACAGGAAGAGAUCCAAAGGAUAAAGAAUGAAAAGAAGCAGAAACAGAACGAGAAAAAGCAAAAGGUGACAGAAAACCGCAAGCAUCUGGCCAGUGUCAGAGUGGUCCAGAGGAACCUGGUGUUUGUGGUGGGGCUCUCGCAGCGACUUGCUGACCCAGAGGUCCUAAAACGACCAGAGUAUUUUGGGAGGUUUGGGAAAAUCCAUAAAGUGGUCAUCAACAAUAGCACAUCUUAUGCAGGUUCACAGGGGCCCAGUGCCAGCGCUUAUGUCACUUACAUUCGUUCUGAAGAUGCUCUAAGAGCAAUACAGUGUGUGAACAAUGUGGUUGUUGAUGGCAGAACACUCAAGGCUUCUUUAGGCACAACAAAGUAUUGCAGUUACUUUCUCAAAAGUAUGCAAUGUCCCAAACCUGAUUGUAUGUAUCUACACGAGUUGGGGGAUGAAGCUGCUAGCUUUACUAAAGAGGAGAUGCAGGCGGGGAAACAUCAAGAAUAUGAGCAGAAACUCCUCCAAGACCUCUAUAAAAUUAACCCUGGCUUUCUACAACCUCCAGCUUGUGGAACAGAGAAGUCAAAGAGUAAACCCAACUCCACACAGAGAACCAGCAACAGCAAUGGUAAAGAUGGGUGGCCAACAUUGUCAGGGCACAACAAACUGCCCAAUGGGCUCUCAGAAGACCGGAAGUCCCCUCCGCUGCUAGACUAUCUAGACCAAGAAGCUAUUAAUUCAGAUGGGUUAGAAUCAGAGCUGGGUCCUGGCCAGCGCACUGCCUUGUCCCCCUUCUCCUCCAACUGCGACAGUAACAGUCCCAGUGACAAACCUCCAGAGUCAAUCGGUAUGGUAAAUGGAGAGACUUUACAACAGAUACCCACCAGUGACUCCCCAUCCCCUCCCCCGGGUCUAACCAAGCCCAUCCUGGUGGUGCCCAUUAGCAUGUCAGACCUCUCAGCCCGUUCACCCUUCGAAGGUGCGGCAGCUGAGUCCCAGUCCCUUUUUUCAGACAACAGCAACUUCAGACAUCCAAAUCCUCUCCCUGCUGGCCUGCCCCCCUUCCCCAGCUCUCCUCGUGCCAGUUCUGACUGGCCCAUGACCCCUGAACCGCAGAGCCUCUUCACAUCAGACACAAUACCAGUGUCUUCCUCCACAGACUGGCAGGCGGCCUUUGGCUUUGGCUCGUCCAGCAAACAGCAAGAUGACGACCUGGGCUUCGAUCCUUUCGACGUCACCCGCAAGGCUUUGGCUGACCUGAUAGAAAAGGAGUUGUCAGUGCAGGACCAGAGCCCAUUGUCCCCUGGGCCCCUUACCCAGGGAAGCCAUGGUCCCAGCCUGCCACCUUCUAACCCCAACACCUCCCACCACUUCCCGAGUGGCCUGCCACGCCACCCCCAGCUUCACCACAGAGCCAUCUACAGCUCCUUCAGUUUCCCCGGCAGCCACAACAGCCAGGCCAGUCAGCAGCAGCAGCAGCAGCCAGCUGCCAGACACCCCUGGAUGGGCGUUCCCACACGAAAUAACCUCCCACACUUGAACCACUCAGCCAGUGCUGCCUCACACAGUAACUUCCUAGACCUGAAUCUGCCCCCUCAGCACAACACAGGGCUGGGAGGGAUCCCCAUCUCAGAGAACAGCGGCUCUAUAGACGGCUUAAAUGUGAAAGAAUGGCAGGAUGGCUUGAGAGCUCUCCUGCCCAACAUCAAUAUCAACUUUGGUGGCCUCCCAAAUUCCUCCUCUUCUUCAUCCUCCUCAUCCUCCAACAGUGUUAACCACAUCGGCGGUCCAGUAGGGCCAGCAGGCAUCUCGCACAGCUUGAGCUGGGAUGGCACAGCCAGUUGGAUGGAUCCAGCUAUUAUUACAGGCAUCCCAGCAUCAGCAGGCAACAGUUUAGACUGUCUCCAAGACGACAACCCACCACACUGGCUCAAGUCUCUGCAAGCGCUCACAGAGAUAGAUGGUCCUGCCUGCUCAGCGGUGCCCACUCCCCAGCCCCUCCACAGCGGCCUCCUUGAUGGCCAUCUCCCUCUCCACCACAGAGCUGCCAGCGGUUGGGCACCCUACAUGCCCCCUCCCACAGCCAACCCCGCCAGCCAGUUUCACUCCCCUCCCCCAGGCUUCCAGACCGCCUUCAGACCCCCAGGACAGGCCGCAACAGAGCUACUACAGAGUGCCGCUGUGGAUCGCCACUGAACACAGACUGCAGCAAACACCCAUCCAUUCCCCCACUACCACUUUAUACCCACUCAUCCUGUACCCUGCUUCCUUUUACCCCCAACGCAAUACACCAAUCUGCAGAGUAUGAAAAAUUAACAAAGUAACAAACUUGCUUUCUUCUUUUUCUCUUCCUUCUUCCUUUGUGUCUACUCUGAAGGCCUGUUUGUUUUGGUUUUUGUUUGUGGCACACAAGUUAUCACUACCCUUUUGUCUGCUGCCAUCACCACUCCUUAGACCUAGUUCUGGGCGUAACAUGGGAUUCAUUGUGUAGCUUAUUGUCAGCGGAGAGCACAAGAAUCUGUAUAGCAUCAGAUGCCCAGUGGUGACACAAGUUAACUCUACAAACUGGCAAAGAAACAAAUUAGCAGAAGUGAGGUCUUUUUUAAAAAAAUAACUAAUGAUUAAGCAUGAAAACAUUUGUGUUUUUGGGAAGGUGUGAUUAGGUUUUUGAGGAAUGAAGCAAGCUGUGAAUCUGCUCUUUGAAGCUUUGCCCCAAAGACCCUCAUCUUCCCCACUCUUAACAGGAGACUGAAACGGUUAAACCUUACAGCCAUGUUGUAAAAUUCGGUGAGGUGAGAGAGGGAUAAGAAGGGUUGGCACUUUUUUGAGAGUGGGUUUUAAAAAAUAUCAAAAAUUAGAAAAAAAAAAAGCUGAGCUUUGGAUAGAGAGUGAAUGCAGAUGACACACAGGAGUUGAGGGCACCGGCUAUGCAUGGGCUCCCUGUUAGGUAGGGACACAAAUGGCCUGCUGAGAGGCCACUUGGCUCACAUUCUCUUUAGUGAGGGGCUCCCACUGGCCCCAUCUUGCUGGAGGGAGAAUUUUGCUGAACCUCUGUAUCAGAGGAUAGAGCACCCUCACCACAGGGAGCCAGGGCUGUGGGAGAUCAUGGCACACAUCCUGAGCACUAGGGUUAGACUCACAGUGCCACUGUGUGGUACCUACAAUAGCUAGCCCUAACAUGGACAGCCACCACAUAGAUGAGACAAUUACAAGAUGGAAGGGGAUAUGUCAGAAGUACUAAUUAGUGUAAUAAAAGGGUUAACAGGUCCUCUUGUUCAACCCAUGAGGGCUUAAACGAGGCCUUAAAAUAAGACGGUUGAGAGGAAGAAGCUUGAGUGUUUGGAAGGGGAGUGUUUGACUGCUGAAAAAUAUGCAAUAUUGUAUGUGACUUCAGCAGCUGUAUGCAAGUGUGCAUCAAAGGGAGGUGCUGCAAGACAAUACCAAGUACUUAAGUAAAGAAUCAAAGAGCCCUCAGCCUUUACGAUUUGAGGUUGGCCUCUCUGACCACCGCCUUUUUUCUUUUUAAAGUCUUAAUUCUGAUCCGUGUUCGCUCUGUCUUUUCUCUCUCUGACCCCCUCCCAUCCCCCCCUCCCCCCCAACUGUUCCCUAUUUAACAGUAUUCACAAAAAUGAACAAAGUCAUCCAGGAGAAAUCAAGAGUCAUACAGUGGGUUUUAACAUGUUUCAAGGAGGAAAAAAAACUACUUUGAGGCACUUAAAGGAAGUGAACUGUCCUCUGCAGGUCUGGAAAAAAUGAACCUUAAAUAAAACUGAAAACUCA